AUGCUCAGCGCUCUUCUCACUCCACUGCGUGCUCGGUUUGACGCGUCGCCUCGUCAAGAAACCACCCCACUUCCACCUCCCGACGAUGAGCUAGCACCGGAGGACUUUGCGCGUGACGUGCUUAUUGAAUUGAUGCGGAAUGCUGUCGAGAAGCUCAAGUCAACUGAGGAUCGUGGCGUCCAGGUCUUAUCCGAAGUGCAUAGGAUCAUGCUGCAGGAUGCGUGCACGAAAGACGUGUUUAGAGAGCUGGACGGCUUCUUGACGAUCAUAUCCACUCUUUCUACUCUGCAUGCUCCCCGUCAAGGGCCAAUAGCUGAGCCCGAGGAGCAGGUCCGAGCAGAAAUGCUUGAAGGCACGCACCUCAUCUUCUCUAUUGCAUCAGAAGCGAUGUAUGACCAUGAAGAGAAUUAUGAGUUUUUCCAGAAUCAUGUUGGCUAUGAAACAUUUUCUGAAGCUCUUCAUCCAUUUGUUGACGGUGACGCCGACGUGAGAGAUCGUAUCCUUGGCCUCUUAUUCUCAUUGGCACUUCACGAUUUCUCUGUAUCAAAUCUGUUCUCGGUCGUCCGGGAUGUCACCUACGAGGGAAUCAGCGUCAAAAUCGACGAAGCGGAACCACAUCUCGGUCUCAUAGUCCAGCCAAAGGCUCUGAAAGCCCUGUGGAAUUUCUUACCGGGAUAUCGAGAGGAUCGGCUUCUGCACUACACCCUCUACAAGCUUCUUGAACGCCUCUCAACUUUGUGUCAUAGGAACCAAGCGAUUCUCAGCAACUUAGGGCUUGCAGAAUCGCUCUUUCGAACUUUCUACGACCAAAAGAGCAAUGCGACCGUCAAGCCUCAAGAGCGGCGCGCGAUGCAGAAGUUAUUGAGACGACUUUUAGACGCGGGUGCAACGCCUGCGGAAACGAGAAUGGUCUUUCGUAAGGCUGUCAAGCCUGACGGGUCCUUAGACUCGGAUAUCCUGGACGUGAUCCGUUCAGGGAUCAAAUCUAGGUGGCUUGAUCAUUUCUCUUUCGAGCGUCGCUCUGUAGUGAAAUUCACUGAAGAAAAUACGAAAGGCCUUCCAUCAACCGGAUUCACGUUUAUGAUCUGGCUACGGAUCGAGAACUUUCCUGCUCACAAAUCACACGCACUCUUUUCCUUUGCGCUUCCUACGCGCCGAUUCUUCAGCCUCAGCAUACGCCCUGAUGGUAAACUGGAGAUAUGGAGCUUCGGGCAAAAAGUCCCAGAGCUUGUUUCUAAAACGAGCUUCCCAAAGUCCCGGUGGAUUCACCUCGCAUUACUCCACUAUCCACACAGAAUAUCCAAUCCUACCAUCCGUCUCUUCGUGGAUGGAGUACUGAACGAAACGGCCAACUGGGCGUACCCAAGGCCAGAUUCGAUAGCUCAGACCGGAACAUAUACAAUAGGCGACGAUUCGGAUGAUGCGCGGAUGAGCUGGUGUAUGGCUUCAGCUUGCCUGAUAUCGAAGCUUCUUGGUGAUCAUCUGCCUCGUUUCAUCCAUCACCUGGGACCUCGAUAUAGCUCCAUGUUUCAAUCACCUGAACUCGUCAGAUUCCUGACAUAUGAAGCAUCUACGUCGUUAAAUAUUUUCCUUUCGACCAUUGCUUCGAAACACGGUGUUCCAUCCGACGUGGCUUCGCUUGUAAAGGCAAUCAAGGAUGGAAUCGGGAUCGACGAGGCUUCUGUCGUAUUCUCUCUGGUCCCGUCUAUCUUUUGGGAUAAAUCGGACAGUCAGGAUGCGCCUGUGGAAAGUAGCGUUAUGGGUCGGUUUGCUCGGCAAGGCGACGUACUUCCGAUGAAGGCAUAUUGCAUUGACAUUGCUGUUUGGAAGAUCGGGGGUGCCGCCGUUCUUUUGAGAUUAGUACAAUUGGCUAGUAGUGCUCACGAGCUGUCCCGUACACUUAGUAUCUUGACCGAUGGUCUUCGCAAUAGUUGGCAGAACUCGGAAGACAUGGAACGAAUCAGAGGAUACGAGAUCCUGUCCGCUAUCCUCCGCAGCAAGAGCGAGCUCAUCAACAUGACAGGCUUUGAAACGUUGUUUGAGUUCAUGGGAAUGAAUUUUAGAUCGCCAGAUCAUUCGACCAUCUCGAACAUCGUUGCGUACCGAUUUAUAGCACUGGAUUUCGAGCUCUGGUCGCAUACCCGAGAAGAGAUCCAACGUGUACAUCUAGAGCAUUUCUCGACCCUCAUGCGAUCGAGUAGAUAUCGAAACUUCAACUGCCGACAACGUCUCUCGAAAGUGGGUCUGGUACGGCGACUCCUGUUCGUCUGGCAGACACACUGGUAUAAUGACGGCAUCGGCCCGUUCAUUCUGGACGCCAUGAGGGCAGUUGCGGAAACGGCAUUCACGAUCGACGAUGUUGUGAAACCUGUUGUUUCUUAUUUGGCAGCCAAUCUACAUAAAGGCAAGCUGCGCCUGGAUAACAAUUUCGAAUUCUUUUUGACAAUUUCUUCACCUCGUUCGGUGAUAUCUCGCAUCGAUCACGACCAUGCGCGCGAAAAGGCCGAACAGAUCUUGGAGCUGUUCAUCUCGAUCUUGUCGUCCUCCUCGGAUUGCUACACCAAAUUUGCUGCAGCAUUGCCUUUGACCCGUAUCUGCUUAUUGCUUCUUGGUGACCGACCUUCGCCCAUUGUAGCCACGCAGGUCCUCAAGCUCAUCGACGUUAGUCUCAAUACUUCUCGGUCCUUCAGCCGGAAGUUCGAGCUGGUCAGUGGUUGGUCUGUAUUAAAGACAGUACUUCCGUAUGCUUGGAAUACAAGUGUGCACGCAGCAGCAUUCCGGAUACUAUUAGGGAGUAGCGAUGUCCAGAGUACUAAUGUCCCCACUAUCGCCUGUCCUAAUAUCAUGCCCGCGAUCUUGGCCGCUUUAAAUAAGGUUCUGUCGUCCGUCGUCCACCAGGUUCCAUCGAUAAACAAUAUGGAGACGGAUAAUGAUAACAUAUCUGCAGGUACGGAAUCUGCUGCCGAACUCUUGUUGGAGGCAUUGGUCGACCUGCAGGCAACCAGUCCUACGUUUUGCCAGCUUUUCAAAUCCCAGCAGACGACACAACUUCUCAUCCAAGCUUUUCGGUAUUUUGUGAACACACUUUCGUCAAUGGACGAGAUUGAACAGAGGAUCGUUCGUAUGGUCGAGAAGCUGAUGCAUUUUGGCUUGACCUUGGCCUUGGAUAGCGUUGUUGUGGCGGGAGGCCAGAAGAACGAAAUACUGGACAUACUGAAGACCGCAGAGGCGGUAGUCAGCGGAGGAGGCGCCAAAACCACAAUUGAUCCUGAAUUGCUAACCGAUCGUCGUACUAUUCGAACCCGCCUGACAUCGACAAGGCUUAGCCUGCAAGUCAGUGAGCGGACAGUGCAGAAGUCUAUUCAACGAAUACAUGAAUGGCGUGAGACUAUCGUUGUCUCUGAGCGUAAGCGACUCCGCAAAAAUGUGCUAGAUCUACGGGAGAACUAUCGGCAGAUGACCCGCCUUGUCGAAUGGGUUUCCCCUCUGGUUAUAGAGCGGGGCUUGUGGGCGGUACCGGAUCAGCAUCACCUGUGGCGGUUAGAUGAAACUGAAGGUCCAUGCAGGGUCAGAAAAAGAUUGGAGUCCGAUGGCGAGGUGGCCAUGGCAUUCAAACUUGAUGGUAAUGAAAACCUUCGGGGAAUUGAAGAUCCUAUCGUUGACGAUCAGUCCAUAUUCCGUGUGGAAGUGCCUCCAUGGGCUGAAUCGUAUGAGAUAUCAUCAACUGACGCUGACGAUGACCGCCAGCUCGCUGAAGAUGUUGUCGAGGACAAGCAUCGUCGUGUGCGGCAUGAUCUAGAACCUGGAGACGUCAUUGACGCCAUCAGCACCGUGGCUCGAAUUACGGGAGUCGACUCAUCUCCUGGUUUACUCAUCUUUGGACGGACGAAUCUCUACAUGUUGGAUGGAUUAGUGGAGAAUGAUGACGGAGAGGUCAUCGAGGCUCACGAGGCACCGAAGACCUUGUUCUUUGUGCCAGGUAGCAUAGUUGAGCUGGAUGGUAUUCAGCGAGCUCAGCGAUGGUCAUACGAUCAAGUAGCCAGCUUCAGCGACAGAACAUUCCUUUUCCGCGACGUCGCACUGGAGAUCUACUUCAAGGACAGUAGAUCUCUCCUCAUAGUUUUCUUGACAAAGAAACAGCGGCACGACAUGAACCAUAAACUCUCCUCCAUUGUUCAUGGCAACCGAAAUCCUUCAGAGCUUACUCCUGGUCUCCUCAGAUCUCCUAUGCUCGUCAAAGCCAGUGCCAGAGUCUUGUCUGGUUUCCGAGCAGAUGAGCUCUCAAGCGCUCAAAGAAAAUGGCAGGCUCGGGAAAUCAGCAAUUAUACGUACUUGAGCAUACUCAACCAGAUAUCUGGCCGUACGCCAAGUGACGCUACGCAGUACCCUAUCUUCCCUUGGGUGCUACAGGAUUAUCGCUCGGAGACUUUAGAUUUGUCCUCAAGAGAUUCAUUUAGAGAUUUAACUAAGCCUAUGGGGGCCCUCACACCAGCUCGUUGUGAAGCUGCCAAGUCUCGUUAUGAGAGCCUGGAAAGCGUUGGGGAAACCCCUUUCCACUAUGGCACACAUUUCAGUUCAUCGAUGAUUGUCUGCCACUUCCUAAUUAGAAUGUCUCCGUUCACAAACAUGUUCAAAACACUACAGGGAGGGGACUGGGACUUGCCCGAUCGCUUGUUCAGUAAUGUUGCAAGGGCUUAUGAUUCCGCGUCGAAAGAUAUCCGUGGCGAUGUUCGGGAAUUGAUUCCAGAAUUUUUCACUUGUCCCGAAUUCUUAGAAAAUUCAGCCAACCUGGAUUUCGGAGUUCAGCAGAAUAACGGGGAGCGAAUACAUCAUGUUGGCCUCCCUCCCUGGGCGAAAGAUGAUCCCUUGUUGUUCAUCACGUUGAACCGCCGCGCCCUCGAGAGUGACUAUGUUAGCGAACACCUGCCUGCGUGGAUUGAUUUGAUCUGGGGGCACAAGCAGCGCGAUCCAGCGUCACUCAAUGUCUUCCAUCCACUCAGUUAUGAGGGUUCCAUUGACUUGGAUUCUAUAACGGAUGAUCUCGAACGCGAGGCAACUAUCGGUAUCAUUCACAAUUUUGGACAGACCCCUCGCCGACUAUUCAAUGUUCCUCAUCCUCAACGGUUCAUGCACGGACUGUCCUCGCUGCCACUCGGGACUCUGCACGGCAUCGAAGAAGAUCAUGCUUUACUCAUCCAAAAUUUCACUAACAAUCCUGCUUACUUCGAAGAUUUGGGGCCACACACUCCUGUUCGAGAUCUAACGAUAGAUAUGAUAGGGGAACGGGUGAUCCCACAUCCUGACGGUAUUCUCUCCGUGCCCUCGUAUCCUCAUGAGCGAGUUGAGUGGGGCUUCAGCCGUACAGGAAGAGCUGCGGCCGUCGAGUUGAGAGCCGUGGUUCAAGUCAUCGAGGGUUUAGACUGUACAUGCGCGGUGUUUCCAGAUUCCGACAAUCUGGUCACUGGGUCGAGCGACCAUAUCGUUCGACUUUGGCGCAUUUCUCGCAAUGCUGGUGGACCCACAUCAAUGCACCUCUCCCUCUCCAACAUCAUGCGUGUGCAUACGGCUGGUAUUGUUUGCGUCACUGCCUCGAGAGCAUGGUCCGUCAUUGUCAGCGGAUCGAAAGACGGGAGUGCCGCCAUUUGGGACUUGAACAAAGCCACAUAUACAAGAUCAAUAUGGCACGGAGAAGGCCCAGAGACAGAGAUCCAUCUGGCCGCUGUGAACGAAAGCACAGGAUAUAUUGCGACUUGUUCGAGAACGAAGCUAUGCCUCCAUACCAUCAAUGCACGGUCUAUUGCACAACUCGACCUCACAUCCUUCAGCACUCACCUGCAUUUCCCGCCGAUCAUGUCAUUAGCAUUCCACGAGCGAGAGUACUCCCACCUUGGGAUUCUUGCAACAGGCUCGCCUGAUGGCAAGAUCACACUGAGGACCUGGAAUGCUGACGCUACGCCGAAGGGAGAAAAAUGCAAGUGGGAGUUUGUGACACUGAGAACUCUUCACGCAAGGAAGGCGGACCCGAUCACCGCCCUAAGGUUCAUUGGAGAAUAUCUAUACCACGGUGAUAGCAGCGGAAAAGUAUCUUCAUGGGAAUUACCCGACUAA